CAUAAAAAUAGUAUGGUUUUCCAUUUUAGGUACGAGAGCUACAACUUCUACGAGCAGACGAUAGAGAACACUAUAAUGUGCGGAGACAGAAGCGCACUGCAGGAGAAGGCAUUCACUGCCGCAGCACAGAAGCUAUUAACCGAUCUCGCAAUCGCGACGCCAAGAGCUAGCGCCUAUUCCACAGUCAGCAAGAGGGAGGUGUCUGACGACGGCCUCACCAUAUACGCAGCCGCGCAAUGUGCUGAAACAGUCACGCAAAGCGGGUGCCAGGGCUGCUUGAAUGCAGCAUACGAGAGCAUCAACAACUGCUUCCCGGCUGCUGAAGCAAGGCUUGCUGAUGCUGCCUGUUUCUUGAGAUAUUCCGACGCGCCCUUCUUCUCGGAUAAUCAGACAACUGAUAUCACCCCUUUAUUAGACGUAGGAGGGAAGUCCAGCAACGGAAAAGUUGUUGUAGGGGGAGUGGUUGGUGGUGUUGGUGGCCUUGUUAUAUUAGUUGGUUUUGUUGUAUGGUCUGCAAGUGCCAAAGCAGCUUGUGUUGUUCAUUUGCUGUCUAUUUUUCUUAUAGUUAGUAUGGGAAAUAAAAAGCAAUUUGUUUGUGUCAUUGUAGGUAAUAUUUUGGGAGCAACUGAGUUGCAAAGGCCAAAUGUGUACAGCUACAAAGAGUUGAAAGCCGCAACCGACAAUUUUAGCGACGAAAAAAAACUAGGGGAAGGCAGCUUUGGUGUUGUAUACAAGGCCAGCUUAAGAAAUGGGAACGUGGUGGCGGUGAAGAGGCUGGAUAUAAGUUACAGCAGAGCAAAGGCAGAUUUCGAGAGUGAAGGAAGACUGAUCAGCAAUGUUCAUCACCGCAAUCUUGUACGUCUCUUGGGAUGUUGUAGCAACGGAUCGCAACUGCUUCUCAUCUACGAGUACAUGGAAAACGGAAGCCUCGACACGUUCUUAUACGGUGAGAAGCGGGGAUCGUUGAGCUGGAAACAACGAUUCGAUAUGAUAUAUGGAAUAGCAAGGGGCAUCGCAUAUUUGCACGAGAAUUACCACGUUACUAUAAUACAUCGAGACAUCAAGCCCAGCAACAUUUUAGUGGACAGUGAAUUUGAAGCGAAGAUUGCUGAUUUUGGAUUGGCAAGGCUUCUACCGGAGAAUCUGAGCCAUGUCAUCACUAAAUUCGCGGGCACAUUGGGAUACACAGCACCGGAAUACGCGGUGCAUGGACAUUUAUCAGAGAAAGUCGACAUCUACAGCUUUGGAGUUGUAGUCCUCGAAAUCAUCAGUGGCCAAAGAUGCAGUGAUCUCCACACCAAUUCCAAUUCCAAUUCCAAUUCCAAUUCCAAUUCUAAUCCAACCUAUCUCCUAGAUGAGGCGUGGAAUCUAUACGAGUGUGGGAUGCAUCAGAAACUAGCGGACGGCAUGUUGGAUUCGAAGGAAUAUAGAGUGGAUGAAUUGAAGAAAAUGGUUGAAAUUGGUUUGAUUUGCACACAGUCGCCACCAUCUUCGAGGCCAAGCAUGUCCGAAAUUCUUGCAAUGAUGUUAAGCGAUGGUAAAGAGGAGAUGAGACUUCCACGUAGGCCUAAUUCCAUUAUUGAGGGACCAAAUGCUUCACUCUCAUCUGCCUCUAAUGCCACUCUAUCCUUCACCAACUUCACUGCCCGCUAGAUUUCUAAUUCCUCUAUUACCAAUACUGCA